CAUACCCUCUUCUAUUAGUAUGCAGCUCAGAAAUAAACUGAGACUUGAGUGAAUCCUAACCCGUUGUACAUUAUUUUGUCAAUCAGUAAUGCAGAAAUUAUCAUCCAGAUAGUUUAACACGUAUAGUAUUGAACUAUUGUACAUGGAACCGACCGCAAGAAAUCAUAUACCAAGGGUAUUUUCACUACAAAAAAUUAUAUCCCAAAGAAAUCCUGUUCGGGUCAUGUAAAUUUGUUAUUGUAAAUGUAAUAUUCACCGUUUAACGGGUGAUGAAGGCGAAAUGCUACCGAAUUGCCUUACGUUGACCUUUUAAAGCCCCUGCAACUUGUGUGAAAAUCAUUACUCCAUUUGUCUCGGUAGAGACAUCACCCCCGAUCUGAGGUUAUUUCCUUAAACAAAUUCAGUUGUUCCAGUUUUCAUUCCGGAAGAUGUCUCGCUGGGCUUUUUAUUUGCAGUCUAAACAUCAUAUUGAUUUGUCUUCUUCUUGAUUGACUUGUAGCACGCCCCCAAUGCCAUGUCUAGUCAAUCAGAUGGGUUAAUGAUGGCACUGCAGGACCUGUCAACGUAUGCAGGGUUAUCCCGUCACAGGCGCAUUAAGCUGUAUUUCCUUGGGAUGGUACUAUUCAAUGCCUGCCUCUAUCUCAUCAUCUACCGUGGACAUAAAGACGUCGUUACUGGGAGGCAGGUAUCCACCUCCAAACCACAUGACCUGGGUGUCAUCUCGUCACGUGACCUUAGUAAAGUGGCUUGUGACCCGGAAGUGAUCAAGGAUAUUGUUCGACACCAUGGUGAGAAUGCUAAAGAGCAAGAAGGGAAGCUGUGUCCCAAGAACACCAAGACUGGAGAAGAACCUUCAAGAGGAUUUCUCUCAAGGUUCCUAGAAUGGUGGCACUCUGGAUCAGAGGAUAAUAGUACAAACACGCACAGGAGUCUUAGCGCUUCACAUGACUAUAACCUGGUCUUGAAUGAACCAGAAGUGUGUAGGACUAAAGGCCGAAAUGAAACCGAUGUCUUUUUACUUGUGUGUGUGUUUACAAUCCAUUCGAAUUUUGAAAGGCGGAAAGCUAUAAGGGAAACAUGGGGGUCGCAGAAGAUCGUAAGGGGCAAACAGAUAAUGACGCUGUUUAUGCUCGGUAAGUCAAAGAACCAGUAUCAUCAAAGACUUGUCGAAUUGGAGAGUAAGAGACACGGUGAUAUAAUUAUGGAAGACUUCGUGGAUUCUUAUCAGAAUCUAACUCUGAAGACUAUUAUGACAAUGAAAUGGACCAGCCAGUACUGUUCGGAUGUUAAUUAUGUCAUGAAAACAGACGAUGACAUGUAUAUCAAUUAUGACGCUUUGAUUACGCAUCUAACGGACCCAGAGACACCAAAGACAAAGCAUUUUGUAGGAAAUAAGUUCUCCGGGAACGCACCGAUUCGAAACCCGAAAAGCAAGUGGUAUGUUCCGAAGAAGAUGUAUUCGAAUCCGCGUUACCCGUCCUUUUGUUCGGGUACCGGUUAUGUCAUGUCCGGUGACAUCCCAGCUCGCGCUUAUAACAUGUCACUGCAUACACGAUUUCUCUAUUUAGAAGAUGUAUACAUGGGACUAUGUAUGAAGAAGUUAAAGAUUAAAAUGACUGGACAUUCUGGAUUCCAUAUCGACAACCAACCAUACAAGUACUGCGCUUAUAAGCGAAUGAUUACGACACACGGGAAAACGACGACAGAGAUGUAUAGAAUAUGGGAGGAUCAGGGAUCGCGAGCUGGAACGAUAUGUGUCGGCAUCCACAAACCAUUGCAUAGACAUUAAUGGGAGUCAUCGCAAAUAUACGCCAGUCACAAAAAAGAGACUGACACGUGUUUUACUGAUCAAAGAAAUCACAUGAGUAUGGCUAAUAUCUUGUCGAUUCUCGGUGGGAUUUGAAGCAAAGUGACUGAGUCAUGAACGGAGUAUACUGUAUAUCGUUAGCGAGUAUUUUGGAGAAGUGAUUUAUGGAACCCAAUAUGUUCCUAUUGCCUAUUGAUAGCUAAUGACACUGCCCUCUAAAAGCCAAGCUCAGUCGUUUUGUAAGUGUCUUCGAAGUGAAUGAAUGCUGUACAAGACCUCUCACAUAAAGAGUUAACAUUCCAAAGAUAAAAGGCUAGACUGUGUGAUCGUGAUUGGUUGAAAGUCAAGAUACAAACGUGUACGUUUGAUUCAUUGAUUGUACCUUUUGAAUAGUUUAUGCGAGAGACCUCUGUUCGUCUUUUGGAUGUAGGAUAUAUUCCAAAAUACUGUGUGCUGGUUUACCUCUGCAAGCUUUUACACAGGGUCUAUUAUUAAAUACCUACACAACUCCAAGUGAUGUUAUGCCAACUCCUUUAAUGGUGCUAUGGUUAUCGUUAUUUUUUUUUUUUUUUAGAAUUCUGCUUAUAUUGGAUUCAUUAUGAAGCAUUAUAAAGGAGAUAUAAUCUUGUUUUGGGUACUUUGCAAUGUUGUACCAUAAUGUACAUGGGCUUUACAUAUUUAUUAACUGAAGUGAUAUUAUUGCCUAGUCGAUAGUACUGUGGAAUAUAAUAUUUUGUGCGUUAAUUUGUUAUGGACAAAUAAAAAUGUAUAUUUAUAUUAUCUUUAUCAUGAAAUUGUUGUGUAUCAUAGUUUCCUUUUAAGCCCCUCCCAUUGCUAGGCAACUAAAGCUUUAAGUGUGCCACAUGUAUCAAGCUGUAUUUAAUGAAUGCUAUCGCAGCCAUGCAUACACGUCUAAUGGACGCAUUGUUGGACACAUGUUCCUUGUGAAUUGUGAUGAUUCAGUUUCAAGGCUGGUAUAAUAAUUCGUAAAUGAUGGUGCUUCUAAUGUCUCUUAGUAUUAUGUGUAUACUUACAUGUAGUCGCGGUAGAGGUAGGGCUUCCUGAUAUGGUAUUAGUCAUGUCGAAUGAACAGGUGUCGGAGAGGUUUCCUCCUCGUCAUGUAAGUAUCAGAUCAAAUGCUGGAAAUAGCCGAAUAUUGCCGAAUAAAGCCGAAUAUAGCUGAAUAUUGAAACGAAAUGACGUUAAUUCAAAGCACAAGAUGGUAACCAAGAAUAUAAAUAUGGGGGUUGAGAAUUAUCAAAAUACAUGACAUUUGAAAAUAACUGCAUGUACUGCCAAUUAUGUUUUAAGGUCAAUUUAGCAAACGCAGAUUAAGUUUUUCAGAUAGGAAUUAAAAUUCGUAUAUAUUUCGUUUCAAGCUCUUUUAGGGGUGAAAGGAGUGUUAGCCAAAUGGGUCAAGAAUUUUGUUAGCAAAUUUGUUACAAUAAAAAAAAAGAUUUUUUGUUGAUAUUUAAGAUUUGCCAACAAAUGUUGAAAAUUAAAAAGAAAUUCCGAACUGAAUUUUCAUAGUGGUGUCGCACACGCACAUAUUUACACGCCGACACACCUCUCUUUUUGUAAUGUACUGCCCUAAACAUUAUUUAACGAUUAAAGUUUAGCUUGCGACUUCCAAGUUUUUCUUUCCAUACUUUAAAACCAAAAUGCCACCCUCACGAGAAUACUUUCUAAACGUCAGAGGUAUCAUGAGAAGUGUGCAUACAUUAUGAGAGUAACCUGGUCUACUUCAAAGCGGAAAUGAGUAGUCAUUGCCUGCCACAACCUGUCUAAUGAUCAUCUCCAAUACGUCACGGAUGCAUUUUUAUAGAGAAGGUGAUAUUUAUAAGAAUACCCGGUAUGAAGCGAACCUUUCAUGGACCCCGAGUAUCUCCCUCUAUUAACUCACCUGUUUGAGCAAAGAGAGGGAGAGAGAGAGGGGGGUGGAGGUUGGGAGGGGGACAAGGGUAACGGGAGUGGAUACAGACAGGACGAGGGGGGGGGGGGGGGUUGAAAGAGGGAAUCUUACACAUUAAAUACAUGGCAGGUGCAUGGAAGGGUAUCGUGUCAUAAUUAUAUUAUACAAGUAUAUAGGAAUAACAACUGGUGUAAUUUUGAAAGAAACAUAACGUUCUAACGCGAACCAGACGAACUUGUCUGUUUUACAUGACAUCUGUUCUGUGGCCCAAGGUUAUUUUUCAACUGCAAGUGAAAAUCUCUUCAUUGUUCUUCUUCCUAGUUCGUCCUAUAUUCUAUCAACCAUAGAGGGGCUUGGAAGAAGGCCUAAUUCAAAGCGGAAAGCCGAAAGGUUCGGGGGAUAAAUCAUUCACUUUGGUGAACAAAAGAUGUUCUGGAAAAGCUGUCAUUUGCCGAGUUUGCCAACAUUCCUAUCUAUUCAUUGUAAUAGUAAUUCAGUUUUAAUUAACAAUCGUAAUGCGUUAGUGUCAUGGCAAUCGACUCGUUUUACAGGUCAAUAAAGGCAUUUAUAAUUUUUAUGUAGACAUAUUUCAAAAAGGUUUAUCUAGUGAUUUAGGAAAAGAUUCAUUUCGUUCAUCAGAUGCAUAGGUAAAUGAAAUAGUAGAACGACGAGUUCCCAAACUCCAUUGGUAAAGUAAUGUUAUAACCAUGCUGUACUUAUUAACGUCGCGAAAUAAAUUGUUUGUGCUUCGCUCAGUUCUGUAUUACAUGUUGGUGUUGAAUCGAACAUCUACUUGCUCUUUGGCUGAAAAAGUAUUACAAAGAUACAAUCUAAAUUCUAUCAUCUAUAAAUGCUUUAUGUCUGUGACAUUCUUAUUGUAUUGCCAUAAUUGCUACUCGCUAUGUAUUAAUAUAUUUUGUAUCUUUCAUGUGUAAUAAAAAUAACCAAUGACGCUAAA